UAUGGACGAGUAUGUCCGUACUCGACGUAUCAAGUAGUCCGUGUGCGUAUGCAUGACAGUGCAAGGUAAGAACUUGCGUAAUCGAGCAGGGCGGCACCGAUACCCAAGACAUUCGUGGUUUGGUCACGGGGAGGAGAGGACGUCACGUCUGAGAGUAUUGGAAAUCUUCUCUAGGCCAAGAACCUCAACCGGCAGCAAUGCAAAGUACAAAGGUCCCAAGCAAUUACUUCAAGUUAACUCACCCUGGACUCACAAUUUUCCUUGCAACUGGAAUCGGAUUGAUGUUCAUCAUAUGGCUAGCACCUAACAGUCUCUCUCCAACAUAUUUUGGAUAUUUGGCUGACACUGUUGCUUUUCUUGGUACAGAAUAUAAUGGGUUUGUGAAGGUUUUAGUGGUGACUGUAGCAAGUAUUCACUUCAUAGAAUCAUUAGUCGGCAUCUGUGUGUGCUAUCAAAGGCAGCUUCAUGCUUGGACAACCUUAGCUUGGACCAUGCAAAUCUUGGCUGUUGGUAUGAUCUCUUUACGUUUCCUAAUCUGGCCAGAGGAAGAAACAGCUAAGGACAAAAAAGUCAAGUAAAAUUGUCCACACCUCAUCAAAACUAUUAUACCUGAACAGGUUCUUAAUUUGGACAUUAAUAAUUGAUACUGUAUCAAGAACCUUCCUUACAACAGUUCCUUUAAUCAUGAAUUACAGUAAGAAAAUCUAAUGACAUUCAUUGCUUCUUUAAAUUCGUAUCGUGUUUUUAAUUCCUACAAUCUUUAUUUAGUAUAUAUAUGAAAAUAUUGCAUCCUUUGUAUCAAGUAAUAAGUUGGUAUUUGGUCUUUGAAAUUAAUACUUGAAAUUUUGAGUCUGCAGGUUAUUUGCAUAUACCUUACUCAUUCAAAAAAUAUGAUAAUUAAAAUAUAACAAAAAUUUAAACUAUGAAAUAUUAUACACUCGUGUGGUUUACCGGAAGUUGAUAAAAUGGAUAUUUAAAUGCAUUAAAAUACUUUUUAGAAAGGAAAAAAUAAAAAGCAUAUAGCUACAUCACAACAGACAGGAAAGAUCUAUCAUUAUGUCAUCAUGUUUGAGCAACUCUUUUAAUACACAAAUUCUAAAGAAUGUAGUUAGUGGGAUAAAUACAAUGAUUAACCAAAAUAAAAACAACCAAAAAAACACAUUUCACUUAUAACAAUAUUUAAUUGGAAUAUAAAUUCAUAUAAUUCAUCUGAAUAUACAACAACCUAAAUCCUCUUUCAAGAAAACAAUAUAUAUGAUAACACUAAGUUUACUUUCAACCAACAAUAAAAAUCUGGUGCUAGCCCACAAAUAUCUUACAAGAAUUAUUCUUGAGGAAUUUACGGUAAACAAUUAAGGCAAUCUAAAACCUAAUCAUAAAAACUCACGCAAAUUCUGGUGCAGUUUAUGUACUGCCUCAACUGUUCUCUCUUCUUACAAGGAAUAUGAUUAUUCAAAUCCAAACUUAUGUGUUACAAUUCGGAUGAAGGGACAGUAAGAAAAAUAGAAAAAUGUCACCAUGUCCAUUUAGAGAUAUGUAUUCCUAACUGGUAUGAAAA